AGCCAAGAAGUGGGCGCUAGCCCGGGAGGCAGGACCUCGCAUAGAGGCGCACGCUGACCAGGACUGGACUCUGCCUGGCGGCUGGCGGCGGCCCGGUCCUACCCGGAGCUCUGAGGCGGCGGCGGGCGGCCUCCCGCGGGUCGGGAAUAAGCGAUCGGGGCGGUUCCCGUCGCCAGCGAGGCCCGUGUGAAUGUCCCCGCGUCUCCCGGCCUCCGCGCCCUGCAGGUUGGCUCUCUUCUGGUCGCUGCCAGGGCGACACAGAGGCCCCCUAGGACAGAGCGGGCUCGCAGUCGGGAGUGCUGGGCACAUCACUGGCUGCCCGAAUUUCCCCAGCUCGCCCAGCGCGGCCCCUGUGCUUCUGGGGUUUGUAGUCAGCAAGACCUGGUAACGAGACCUGGCUGCAGCUUCCAACUUUUUCGUGACCUUCUGGAAAUCUCCAAGUCUCAGUUCCCGGAAUGAACGCUUGACUCCCAGGACAAACAGGCCUACAGUCCCUGGUGUGAUGAGAAUGUGGGAUUUGUUGUCCUGAAUUAGAAAAGCAAGGCAGUAACCGUGGGCCCUGACUCUGCUCACCAGUGAUGAGAGAGAUGGAAGCCUUAAAUUCUGGGGAUAAAAAGAGGGUCCUUCCCACCUGGAUGACAGCCCAGGCACCUGAGCGGAGGAUGAGGCUGGGGAAGACCCCGAAGAGGAGGAAAAUGGCCGUGGUGGCUGCAGUGAGACCCCCCGCGGUGAAGACCGUGUACUGCAUGAAUGAGGCCGAACUCGUGGACGUGGCUCUGGGGGUCCUGAUCCAGGUAUUCCUUAGGCCCUGUCUCCUUCCUUCCCGAGUUGGCCUUGAUUUCUUCAAGAGCUGUGGGGAGGUGGUGGGGAGGGCAGCGGGGGGGAAGGGGGGUACAGCGGCCACUGAUUCGGGAGAAGUCACAUGCUGGCCGAGGUUUACACAACUGACCAGGGAAAUAAAUCAUGUGUCUCGCCUUCAGAGCCGAAAACAGGAAAAGGCCUUGGAGCAGCUGCCUCUGGCAGGCACUGAUAAACCGGCGCUGUCCCCCACCUGCCCGGAGUCACCCAGUUCUGGCAGCGGGAGUGAGGCCGAGGACCAUGGGAGAGGUGCCUUCCACUCAGGCCCCAGCCCUCCUGGGGGACCCCAAGGCUCUGGCCGUGCCUGCAGCAGGAGCCCCGAGGAAGAGGAGGAGGAUGCGUUCAAGUACGUCAGAGAGAUAUUCUUCAGCUGAAGGACGGAUUCCAGCACUUUGUGUUCAGAACAGUUCGAGGAAGCGGGGCUUUGGCUCCUUGCCAGGGGCAGCUCCCAGCUCCACGCCCUUGGGCUGGGGGGACGGCCCUUGGAGCGGAGAAGCAGUGGGGGGGGGGGGGCCUGGAGCCGGGAGCCGCGGCCGUCAGCAUUCCCGUCUGCACCGCGUCCCCUCCCCGCUCUGGGGUCAGCCAUCUGACGUGGUCAGUUACCCAGUGCCGGGGACAGUGAGGUCGUGGUGGUCGAACUUCGUGGCAUCCAAGAAUCGUGUUAAUAAUUUUCAAACAAAAUAAAGUGUGGCUGCUAGAGUAAAUGCACGGGAA